AACCGGCCAGGAGGCUGAAGCCCAAGUCCGCGGGUGGGCUGCGGCGGCUUGAUGCGGGUGGCGACGUGGUGGCCGAGGCCACUGCUGGAACCCCGGGGCUUUUCCAGCAGCUCUCUUGUGGCCUUCCCUUCUUGGUGGCGGGGUCUUUUUCGAUCCUGCGGUAAGGGGAACUGUGUAGGACAGGAGGACCCGUCCCCCUCCCGACCCUCCUUCCGCCACUUAAGCCAUGUCCGUAUCGGAGGCCGAGGGGACCUCCGAGGUCCCAGAACAGGGCCGCAGGAAGAGGUCCAGCAGCCCUCACCAAAUCCCGGUGGUCGGGGUGGUGACGGAGGACGCGGAUGUGCAGGGUGCUUUCAAGACCAUGGACCUAAAUCGUGUCAUCAAACUUCUUGAAGAGACUGAUAAAGAUGAUUUAGAAGAAGAACAACUUAAAUCUGUCAAGAAACUGGUGCAGUGUUAUCAGAAUGGACUUCCCUUAAGGGAUUUAGCACAAAUAUUUAAAAUUCUGAAUCUGUGUGCAGAAAAAAUUGAAAACCAGCCCCACUUUAUAGAAUCUGCAUUUAAUAUCCUAAAAUUAUGUGGCUUGCCAUUUUUGAAAAAGAAAGUAUCAGAUGAAAUAACAUAUGCUGAAGAUACUGCUAAUUCAAUCGCUCUUCUGGGUGAAUUAAUGAAAAUACCAAAUUCUGAAUUGAGGAUACAAAUUUGUAAGUGUAUUGUUGACUUUUAUCAUGCAGAACCACCGAAGAAACAUAUUACAGGUUACCAGCAAGCAAGUUCAUCGUACAAGAUUAAGAUGGCUGAAGUUGGAGGACUGGCGAAAAAAAUGGUCCAGUCACUGACCUUACUUGAAAAUCAACUUGUUGAGAAGCUUUGGGCGCUGAAAGCUCUGCAACAUCUCUCAACUUCUGAAGUUAACUGUACUUUAAUGAUGAAAGCCCAAGCAGCCAGUGGAAUCUGUGCUCACCUCAAUGAUCCAGAUCCCUCUGGCCAGCUUCUGUUUCGUUCAUCAGAAAUACUUUGGAACUUAUUGGAAAAAUCUUCAAAAGAUGAAAUCAUACAACAGCUUAGUAACUUGGAAUGUUUGCUGACUUUGAAGGAAGUAUUUAAAAAUCUGUUUAUGAGAGGUUUUAGUCAUUAUGAUCGUCAGCUUAGAAAUGAUAUAUUAGUAAUCACUACAAUUAUAGCUCAAAAUCCUGGAGCACCAAUGAUUGAAUGUGGCUUUACCAGGGAUUUGAUACUAUUUGCAACCUUUAAUGAAGUUAAAAGUCAAGAUCCUUUGGUAAAAGGUCUUAAGCUUUCUAAUUCCUAUGAAGAUUUUGAGUUGAAGAAACUGCUAUUCAAUAUAAUUGUGAUCUUAUGUAAAGAUUUACCUGCUAUACAGCUAUUAAUUGAUGGCAAAGUUAUCUUGGCCUUGUUUACCUAUGUUAAAAAGCCUGAGAAACACAAAAUAAUUGAAUGGUCUGCAGCACAGUAUGAAGAAUUACAACUGCACGCAAUUGCCACUUUGUCAUCAGUGGCUCCUUUAUUAACAGAGGAGUAUAUGUUGUGUCAGGGAAAUGCUCGAGUCCUUGCAUUCCUAGAAUGGUGUGAGAGUGAAGAUUCCUUCUUUAGUCAUGGUAACAGUUAUCAUGGUACAGGCGGCCGCGGCAACAAGUUUGCCCAGAUGCGUUACAGUUUAAGACUCUUGAGAGCCAUGGUCCACCUUGAGGAUGAGACUGUAAACAAUGAUCUUUGUGAAAAGGGAGCAAUUCAGCAACUGAUAGGAGUUUUUAAAAAUACAUUAAGCAAGUCUAAUGACAAAGAAGAAGCCAUUGUUUUGGAAAUUCAAUCUGAUAUAUUACUUAUCUUAUCUGGUCUUUGUGAACAUCAUAUUCCUAGGAAGGAAAUUUUUGGAACAGAAGGAGUGGAUAUAAUUCUUGAUGUAAUGAAAACCGACCCUGUGACGUUUCAGAGUGGAUUAGGCUAUAAUGUACUUCUUUUUAGUACACUGGACAGCAUUUGGUGCUGUAUUUUGGGAUGUUAUCCCUCAGAGGAUUACUUUCUUGAAAAGGAAGGCAUUUUUCUCCUUUUGGAUUUACUGGCAUUGAACCAAAAAAAAUUCUGUAAUCUAAUACUCGGAAUAAUGGUUGAAUUUUGUGAUAAUCCCAAAACUACGGCUCAUGUUAAUGCAUGGCGAGGGAAGAAGGACCAGACAGCUGCUAGUCUUUUAAUUAAACUAUGGAGAAAGGAAGAAAAAGAACUAGGAGUAAAACGUGAUAAACAUGGGAUGAUCAUUGAUACAAAGAAACCUCUAUUUACUAGUUUCCAAGAAGAGCAAAAAAUCAUGCCACUGCCUGCAAACUGCCCGACUGUUGCAGUUAUGGAUGUUGCUGAGAAUAUCAGAGCAAAAAUUUAUGCUGUGCUGGGCAAACUAGAUUUUGAAAAUUUACCUGGCCUAUCUGCUGAAGAUUUUGUCACUCUUUGUAUCAUACAUAGAUACCUUGAUUUUAAAAUUGGAGAAAUAUGGAAUGAAAUCUAUGAAGAAAUAAAAUUAGAAGAUUUAAGACCAGUCACUACAGAUAAAAAAAUUUUGGAAGCUAUUACAUCAGCAUCAGAAAAUAUUGGAAAGAUGGUUGCUUCUCUUCAAAGUGAGAUGAUUGAAAGUCAAGCACACCAAGAUGUGCAAAAUGAACAAAAAGUAUAUGCAAAAAUACAAGCCACACACAGGCAAAGAGAAUUGGCUAGUAAAUCAUGGGAAAAUUUCUUGGCCAGAACAUCAAAUGCUAAAACUUUAAAGAAAGCUAAAAGGCUUCAGGAAAAAGCUAUAGAAACCUCUAGAUAUGGUGGGCAACCUCCAAAUGCAAUAUUUCAUAGGACAGAUAUUAAAGGCCUUAACACAACGGUGCCUUCUGGUCGGGUAGUAACAGUGGAAAGCACUCCUGUCCGAUUGCUGGGAGGACCUUUGGCUGAUACAGACAUUGCUCUUAAAAAACUGCCUAUUCGAGGAGGAGCCUUACAAAGGGUGAGAGCAGCAAAAACUGUGAAUGAGCCAAAGAAGAGCGCUCCUACAUAAGACAGUCCAGAGACUGUCUGAAAUAAAGUCUGCUUAUAACUUUUUUGUUAAAUACAUCUUUAGUUAUAUUAUAAAGCAAAUACUUUGGAAUAUUUUAGUAGGAAAUACUAAGAAAAAAUAAAAGUAAGCAUAUACAAUUUAUUUGUAUUGAAAAUAUCAACAUAUAGCAUCAGAAGAGUUGUCAUCAAUUUCUUUGGAAAGAUUGCUAAUUCUCUUAAUUGAAAUUGUAAAACAUAUAGUAUCGGUUAAACUGCUUUGGUUGUAUGUGAACUAUUCCCAUCUGGUUGAAGCCAAUGAAAACGUUUACAGACUCUGUAGAUAUCAAAUCUAGGAGUAAUAGGACUGCAGGCAUUGUUGGAUCUAGGCACUAAAGCUCUGAGUAGGAUCUCCUUCCUUAGCAGCUCCUGGAUUAUAUUCUCCCAAGUUGAUACCCAGCACAGAAAAAUACAUGACUGUCUCUUGACAAUGUCUGCAAUGGCUUCCGCAUGCUGGGACCCUUGAUUGGCCACAUGCCCACUCCUGAGCCAUCCACCAUGACUUUGGCCAGAUCUGAGUUCUGCCUACUCCCAGAGUCAGAAGCAGGCCAACCCCAAACAAAAUAUAUGGAUCUACUGGAGAAUCAGGAUAUUGUUACCAUAUGUACAUGUAAAUACUGGGCAGAAAAAACAUGUAACAAUUUGUUGGUCAAAGUAAAAUAAAUUACCUCUGUUAUAAAAAGCAAAUGUUAUUUAUGAGCUAACAAUAAAAAUAAAAUACAGA